AUUACCAAUUACGCUUCUGUUUUGUGGGGCAGUCGGGUUAGUGGUUGCAUACUCCGGACCUGAUCUACCACCUGGCCCAUACUGCGGCCGCACUGGAGAGUGCUGUCAAGACAGGCAGGAUAGCUGCUCACAUAGAAUUCUAGAUAGCAAAUGUUACUGCGACCAGUUCUGCAACAGGACACAGGGCCACGAUGACUGUUGCCCUGACUAUCCACAAGUCUGCCUUGGAGUCACUCCAGCCCCUGCGCCCAAUACCAUGGGCUGCAGAUACGGACGCAAGAUCUAUGUCCCUGGAGACACCGUGAACCAAGACUGUCAUGUUUGUGAAUGCACGGAGGUCCCUGAAGGUGGAAGCGAAUGGAAGUGUGACCAGGAUCCUUGUCUGAUGAGCGACGAGGUGCUGAGGAACGUGAGAGAAGCUGGCCUGUCCUGGAGAGCUGCCAACUACAGCCAGUUUCAGGGCAAGAAACUUAAAGAUGGACUUAUUUAUAAGCUUGGAACCCUACCGCUGAGCCGUGAGACCGCCCGCUUGGGACCUAUCAUUUACGACAAGGACAUUCCCUACCCACCUCAGUUUGAUGCCAGGCAGCACUGGAAGAACUACAUCUCCCCCGUGGUAGACCAGGGCUGGUGUGGGUCUGACUGGGCCGUGUCGCUGGCUACUAUUGCUUCUGAUAGAUUUGCGAUCCAGUCCAACGGAGCUGAGAAGGUGAUCCUGAGUCCUCAAACUCUACUGUCGUGCAACAACAAGCAGCAGCAGGAAUGCCGCGGUGGCAAUAUUGAUACCGCCUGGAUCUUCGCCAAGAACCAUGGCUUAGUCGACGAAGAGUGCUUCCCCUACAAGGCCAAGUUCACUCACUGCCCCUUCAAGAAGCGUGGUAACCUCCUCACCGACCGCUGCGUCCCCGUGGUCCCUCAGCGCACCUCCAGGUACAAGGUCGGACCUCCCGGCAGGCUGGUGAAGGAACGCGACAUCAUGUUCGAUAUCAUGCAGUCAGGACCUGUGCAAGCUGUCAUGACAGUCUACCAAGACUUCUUCCACUACCAGGAUGGUGUGUACCGCCGCUCUCACUUCGGUAACAAUGAGCUGAAGGGACUACACAGCGUCAGAAUCGUCGGCUGGGGCGAGGACAACCAAGACAAAUACUGGAUUGUCGCCAACAGUUGGGGCACAGCUUGGGGUGAAGACGGUUACUUCCGCAUCGCGAGAGGUGAAAACGAAUCAGGAAUCGAGUCGUUCGUCGUGACCGUUCUGAGUGACGUCACCGAGGCUUACCUGCGUAAAUAACAUCCGACCCAUCUGGUAACUCCUAUAUGUGUAACCACUAGAAUAGUGAACACUAAAUGGGGUAUCUUAUUAUUGAACAGUACUAAGAAAUUUGGUCAGCGAAGAUAAUUUUUUCUACCAUUUUUGGUAGUAUUUCUGAUUAAAUUUUGUGUAGAUUUUGAAAUAUCUGGUAGGUUUUUAAAUAAACAGUGUUUAAAUGCAGUAUUCUUCAGUGUGUAGAAUAAGGUAACGUUGACAUUAUUUUCGCUAAUCAAAAUCUUGUACUAAAAUUAUGUAAGACCGCGAUUAAAUUAUUUAGUGUACGAUCUCCGACCGAUUAGGUAUUAAGAGAUUAAUAUUAUAUUUUUUUAUAUAAUUAAUCUUAAAUAUUACAACUAUAGGCGUUGUCACUAUUGUAUUAACACAUAUCGAUUGUAAAAACGUAAGAAAAAAGUAUAAAGGAAUUGGUAGCAAAAUGAUAUUUUGCUUUGGCAACAUUGAAGGGUCAAAAUCCCCGUGGGGUUAGUGUUGUCACGUAAUUGACCUGCACUUAUUAAUACCAGCACAAAAAAUAAAACUAAUAAAAAAUCCAAAAAAAUAUUGCUUUUAUUUUCAUAUUGCAUAUUAUAUUUAUUGUACAGUACUUCAUUUUUUGUGAAUCUUUACUGCCAUUUUAAAGUGGUUAAUAUAUAAGUUACUUAAAGAAAUCUAACUAGUCUUAGGCACAUUUAAACUUUAGAAUAAGUUGAACAUCUCAAUAUAUGCUUAUAGACAAUAACUGUUAGAGUAGCGAUAACGAUUAUUUUAAAUAGCAGUUUUUAUAUUUACGUUAAUUUUAAUUUUAGAGCGUGGAUAUGGGAGGAAUGUAACUGAGUUGUCAUAGUAAGAAGUAAUUAUUGAAAUAUUAUACAUGUUUUUACAUCUUAUUGGGUCUUAUAUAAUCGUCUGCUGAUGUCAAUGUAUUAUGAAAUAGUUUUUUUUUAAGAAAAGACACCAUUUAAAACAAUUUUCUUUUAUAUCCACGCUUUAGGAAUGUUAGUUAUAAGGAACAAUAGAAAAUUACAUAGUAAGUUUUUAAUAGUUUUACAGUGCACCAAAAUGUCUACUAUAUAGCCAGAUUUUAAAGCUGCUAAGGGCUAGACAGACUGUGUUAUUUCACAAAUUGUGACUUUGUAUCAACCAAUUAUAUGCUCUUUUUCUUUGACUAUGCCAAAGC